AUGUCAGAAGAAGAUGAAGUCAUAUGCGAAUAAUGUUAAAGCGUUCCAACAUAGUUUGUUAUUCUUGAUUGUGAACAUAAAUUUUGUUUAUAUUGCAUUUCACAUGCUAUUCAUAAAGAUGAUAGUGGUGUUCCUUGUCUAAAAUGUAAUGCUCCUACAGUUUUAGAUCAUGAAUCAUUAUAAGCAGUAUAAUAAACUAAAGAAUCAUAAUCAUAAGCUUCAAAAACAUAACCUAAUUAUAUUGUUAAACCUUUUACAACAGAGAAGCGAUAAUAUGUUUAACCACUUCAAGAAGAUCUUACUAUUAAAGGUCAUCCUUGUUUAGAAAAACUAAAUUUGGCAGUUGAAAGAAGCUUAGAUAAGAUCAGAAACAUUCAGUUCGAUAAAUAGUAAGUGAAGGACAAAUGUCAAUCACAAAAAAAUGAUAUAGACACAGAGUUUAAAGCUUUACAUAUGUACCUGGAUUCAAAAUAAGAAGAAUUUUAUAAUUAAUUAUCUAAUGUUGAAACUACUUAUUUGAAUGAACUAACAAAAGAUGAAGAAGUUUAGGUUAAGAUUUUAUUUAUUUUAAGUAAUUAGAUAUUGAAGAAAUGACUAUUUUAAAGAAUGAAAUAAAAGCAAUUUUGAAAAGUUAAGAUAGUUAAGAUAUUUAUACAUUCAAAUAGUUAGUGGCAACAGUUGAUAGUAUAGUUUAAGAUAAAUAAUUAUCAAUCAAAUAGCUUGUAAAUUUUAUUAUUACUAAUUUAAGAACUUAUUUAAAUAAAUGUAAGAUGAAUUGCAAUAACUCUCUAAAAAAUAAGCUUAAUUUUAUUAGGAUUUUAGAAGAUUUUUCAACAUUUUAUAACCUCUUUAAGUAUCAUUAGUUUAAAAUUAUGCCAGUCCAAUAAAACUAGAAUAUGGAGUUUCAAUUACAAGGUAUUAUUAGUUAUAAAAUUAAGUGAUAUUUAAGAUAAAAUAAGAGAAUUGAAGAAUCGAAAUUCUAGAUCUAUUAAUACUUCUUAACUGAACAAUUCUCGAUCUUAAAAUUCUCCACCUAAAAAUUCAUUUCUGAAUGAAGAAAUAAACCUAUCAAGAAAACAUGGACGAGAGCAACCUAAUGUUAUUGCAUAAAGGAAAAUAGGAACUUCUCCUAUGGAUGCAAAAACUGUAUUAUAAAAUUCAAUAAAGAAUAAUAAUAAAUCAAAUUCAAAAUUCAACAAAAUUUUAAAUAGCCCCUUUACACUUGCAGGAUUUUCAUAUUUGAGUUGA